UUUUCUUAUUAGAGCUCUGUACACGAUCUUUGCAUUUGCUCGCACCGUUUAAAAGUAAAACCAGUAGGGGGCGUGUUUCCCUCCCCUACGGCUCGUCCUCUUCAGAGCUGCCCGAACAUCAGCAGGCAGAACGGGGAAGAUGGCGGCCGGUUCAGGCGCUGCAAGCGGUCAGGGAGCCAGCAGCUCCACUGGUUCUCUGGAAGCCUCGUUGGACCGCCGUUUUCAAGGAGUUUCCAACACUAUGGAGUCGAUACAGAGCCUCUCUGCUUGGUGCAUUGAAAACAAGAAACACCACGGCCUUAUUGUUCGCUACUGGAUGAAGUGGCUCAAGAAAUCCGACCACAAUCAUCGAUUGAAUCUCUUCUACCUUGCCAACGAUGUGAUCCAAAAUUGCAAAAGAAAGAACGCCAUUGUGUUUCGUUCCGCCUUCUCCGAUGUACUUCCAAAUGCUGCCCUCCUCAUCAAAGAUGGAAAAGUCCGCAAAUCGGUUGAAAGGAUCUUUUCCAUUUGGGAAGAGAGGAAUGUGUAUCCCGAGGAGGUGAUUGCCCAGUUCAAAGCCGGCUUGCACAAAAAGGAAAAAGAGAGAGAGAAGCAAAGGGAGAAGGAAAAAGAAAAGCAGAAAGAAAAGGGGACUCCAUCAGGAAACGCUCCCACCAGCACCAAAGCUGUCGGCACCAAAGCUGUCAGCACCAAAGCUGUCAGCACCAAAGCUGUCAGCACUAAAGCUCCAAGCACUAAAGCGGCACUGAAGUCCAAGAUUGUUGCAGAAUUUACACCCCACACCCUUAUCAAGCAGCUGUUGAGAUACAAGCAAGAUGCUGCUGAAGAGCGGAUCAGAGAGAAACAGCUUGAGACUCUCAGGGUGGAUGUCCUCAGCACUGAGGCCUUCAAAAGACUUAAAGACAAAGCAGGAGGAAAUAAGUUUGCCAAAGACUUUGAAGAUGGUGGCCAGAAGCUGCAGGAGUUUGUCAGCUUCCUUGAAAAAGAGCUGAAAACUGGACCUCCUCUACUGGAAGCUUUGGGAAAUGCAGACAUCUUCUAUGAGAUGCAAUACAAGGAGGUUAAGAUCGUGGCUAAUGCGUACAAUGCCUUUGCCAGCAGAGUAAACGGCCUCAAAAAGAAACUGGAUUCACUCAAGGCAACACUAUCUGGCCCUGAGGACUCUCCCAUCCCUUCUCCCUCUGAGGAUGCUCCCUCACCCACCGGGUCUGACUCACCCUUUCUGGAAAUGGAGACAACCAGGGCCAAGGUGGAUCCCGAGCUGGACGGCAAGGCUAUGGAUGAAGGGGAACUCCAAAACGACAACAGAGGCAUGGAAGACAUGGAUAUGUCUGAUGAGGAGGCAGGCACUGGUGAUGCACAAGAUGGCAAUGAUGACGAGCCGUCCACGGCUGUUUCCAAGACAAAGCCAGACGCAGCAUCAAAACCCGCAAACACACCUACGAAACCAUCCAAGCCCAGCCCUUCUGCUGUUACCACGGCAACCCCAGUGACUCCAACAUCAGCUAAAGCUACAACCGCCCCAACUACCCCUCUGGGUGUCAACCUGGCCAAAGUGGACCUUGGGAAGAUCAGCUCCAUUCUCAGCUCGCUUACAUCUGCCAUGAAGAACACAGCACCUACUCCGUCUCCUCGGCCAGCUCCUGGGACACCCACGACCCCCACCGGUCAAUCAGUAGCUUCCAAAGGGACUCCGCCAAGUCCUGCUUUGGCUAGCAUCCUGUCACGUGUUGACAUCACCCCUGAAGGGAUACUAAACGCUCUGUCUAAAACCAACACACAAGCAGGUUUGUCAUCUCUCCUUCAAAGUGUGACUCAUACCUCCACCGCUCCCUCCAACCGAACCUCCCCAGAAUCAAGUGUCAAAACUCCAGUAACCCCAAACACGCCGAAUACUAAACCCCUUCUGGGGAACAGUCUCAAACAAGACGAACCUGGAAGAGCCAGAAACUGGGAGAAGGACAGGCAGCUCUCCCCUCCACCUCCAUCCCCUCCCCGUACUUCAGUUCCCUCUGUCUCUCCCCCCAGCUUAGAAUCGAAGAUCAACAGUUUCUUGCAGGGUAAUCCAGGUUUCAGCCUGGCCCUGGGUGAUGCUAGUCCUGACGGAGUCGAUGGUACCCCAGUGAGGGACGAGGCAGCUGGCACACCGACGCAAGACGAGAUCAUGGACACGCCCGGAGGCUUGCAGGAAACUUUGGGCUCCUCUGGGGGCCAUAACCUCUCACCAACAGCCUACCGAAGUGAUCCCUGGGAUGCUGCCGUGACCCCAUCUGGAAGUAGCAAUGACGGAGACCGUCUUGUCUCCUCGUCUUCCUCUAGAUUUGGUGCAGGAAAAAGGAGCAGCAAUAAGUUAAAUGAUCAAGAAGUGAUGAGGAAGCAGAUGUCGUCUUCUCCGGGCAAUGACUUGAAGGGCAGGAACAGCAGAGCCAUGGGGGAACGGAGACUCUCCGCCAGCUCUCGGAAGAUGAGCACUGGGUCCGAUGAUGGGGGUCUUGGUGGAAAAAAGGACAAUGGAAAGGAGUUGCCAGCAGGAGCUGCAAAGGAAGGGCAGUACCAUCGCAUUGAGACACUGGUGUCACCCCACACUGAAGGGGCACCAAUCCAAACUCUUGGGUAUUCAAACCGUCCACCAUUCAGGGAGCGCAUCAAGACAGUUGAGAGCAUCCGUGUUAUUGGUCGAGGCUCUCGGCGAGGGGGAGGAGCCGGGAGUCGGCCAGGGGGUUCAAUGUGGUACGAAGAGGAGGAAUACUUGGAGGGUCAGCCUCCAUCAACUCAAGUUUUACCCCCCCCUAUUAACAUGGGUCAGGGAGGUGCGGAAGACAUGAACCCCUCCAUGCUCCCUCCACCCCCUCCUCCACCACCACACCAUGUCCCACAUCUCCACCCUCCUCCAUCUCUUCCCCUCUCUCUCCCCCCUCCUCAGACUCCGUUUCCAAUGCCGUACCACACUGAAAACAUCCAGACUCCUCCUCCAUCACACUUCCAACCUCAUCUUCAUCCUUCAUCCCCCUUUUUCACCAGUGCUCCCCCAAUCCCUCGACUGCCUCCACCGCCUUCAAUGCACCGCCUCUCACCUCCACCUCCUCUCCCUGGUCUGCCCCACACUGUCAUGGUGGGGGGAAUGUUGGUCCCUGUGGAUCACAGCUUGUCUCUUCCUCCAUCAGUAAGGCCUGAGGGUGCAGAGCGUGGCAGGAUGGGGCCCAGUGGAAGGAAGGUGACCCCACCACCACUCAUGUCAUCAUUGCUUGGCGAGCCCCCCAAACUACCCCGUACCGGCACAGUUAAAGAACCUUUAAUUCCUCGCCAUACUCCCCCUCUCCACCGCCCAGGUACGCCUGGUGUUCCUCCACCUUUACUUGGCAGAGUGAAGGAGCCUUUGGUUUUACCUCUCCCCUCUCCUUCUCCCUCCCCCACAUCCUCCACCCCUUCUCCCUCCACGCCUAAUUCCCCCGCAGGGGACUCCACUCUCUCUAAACCCCCAACCAGUCCUGCAGCUCAGCCCCACAACCCAAGCUCCAACCCCGUUCCCCUCCUCAACUUACCCACUUCCCGACCCCCGAUCCUCUCCACUCCCAUGCAGCAGAGACCCCCGCUGCGAGGCCGAAGCCUGUCUCAAGACCACCCCAGAGGCGGGUUUCGUGGAGGGAAGCGAGCCGGCCCCCCGUUCCUAGGCGGUCCCUUCCAUGCUCAGAAGAGGCCUUACCUUCCCCCACGCUACUGAAGCGGUCAACUAUGACAAGCUGAAUGAGAAGUGCAAGCCACACAUCUAACAGUGCAGUGUGUGUUAGCCCUGCCGCUUCAGUUGUCUCCAGCCUUAUAUGAGCGCCUGCGAGUCUUUGAGUCUGUAAGGGAACAACGAGGCAAGAGCAGGAGAUCUGAAGUUGGAGAAAAAUCUCUUUCCAUCCAUCUAACCGAUGGACCAACGGUAAAGGGA